AUGAAGGAAGAAAAAUCAUAAUAAAUGCUGAAAUAAUCUUUCUUAGACGAAAAGAAAAGAUAUGAAGAACUUAGUAAUCAAUUUAAUAGUUUGUAAGGGACAGAUAGAAAAUACUCCUUUUAUUAAAGAUAACCAUCACAGAGUCUCUAUUUAUCCUCUAAGAAAUGA